CUACUACCAACAGCACUGACCGUGACUCUUUCUGUUUCCAUUUUCCAAUGCUCUCUCUAGCGAAACGGCUCCAGACCUUGAAACCCUUUCUCGUUCGCGGGCCCCACCAUCUCCGUAAUGCUCGAACCGACACCGGCCACUCCAGGCGCCGCCCAAAGUCGCCGCUGCUGGCGCUUAAGAAGCCGGAGGAGAAGUCGGAGUGGUGGGCCGUCGACGGCGAAAUGCACGAGAUUGGCGAUAAUGUGCCGCUACGUGAGCGUUUCGUCAUCCCCCGAGAGAACAUCCCCAACAAACGCCGCAAGCAGCUGAGGGAACAGUUCAUGCGCAGGACCCGCCUCGUUCUUAAGGAAUCGGAACACGAUCCGUGGUGCAAAAGGUAUAUGGAACUUUAUAAUGAACUUCGAGAAAAUUGGGAGAGACUUUACUGGGAUGAGGGCUUCUCUAAAAAGCUUGCUCAGGAUCAUGCAAACUAUGAGUCUGCUGAAGAAGAUGAUGAAGAUUUCUCCCCAUACAGGAAUAGAAGGUCCCAGAUGGAGCAUAGUAAGGACCUGAAUUUUGUAAGAAGCAGACAAUCUGAUACCGGGGACCAGAAUUUUGGGAGAAGCAGACAAUCUGAUACCUGGGAGAAAGUUAACCUUAUUCGUGAUAAGUUUGAGUAUGACAGAGAUAGAAGAUUGAGAGAGAAAGCAUUUGCUCCCAUGCAUGGAGGAACUGUGCCUGACUCUCAUGAUUCAGACUUCUGGAACCAACCACUAAAUACUGAUCGAUAUUUUAGCCAAACAGAAAGGGAUCUAGGGGAGAAUAAAUGAAAUAUGCCUGCCAUUAUGGAAAGAAGUGGUAUAGAUUUCCUUCUCACUUCACAUUUCUGUCCAUUUACCCUCAAUGCUAUUUUUGUGUCAAUGUUGACUAAUUAAGUUAUUUCCGUACAUAUUGUUAAAAUGAUUGUGACAGCUGGAUAUCAUAUGGAUGUUUUUGGGUUUAAAAUUCCUGUACUCUGCCCCAGGGUUUCUGAUAAGUCGUAUCUCAGAAGUUUAUCAUAAUUCUUUAAAA